CUAAAACAACCUAAUUUUUGAAGAAACAUGCUCAAAAAUAGGUUUCUGCUCUAUGCAGGAGGAAUAUUUAUUUCUUACUUUUACUUUGGUAUAUUACAAGAAAAAAUUACCAGAGGCAAAUAUACUUAUGAAGUGAUUAAUGAGGAUGGUACCAAAACUAUCGAAAGUGAAAAAUAUACAUACUCAGUGACUUUAGUGCUAGUACAAUGUAUCAUCAAUUUUAUAGUAGCAAAAAUAGCUUCAACCAUGUGGCCACAGGGUGAAGAUACAACUCAAAAACUAUAUUAUGCUAGCAUGUCGGUCACUUAUUUACUCGCUAUGAUUUGUUCUAAUAUGGCAUUACAAUGGGUACCCUAUCCAACUCAAGUCGUAGGAAAAUCUGCUAAACCUAUACCCGUAAUGCUUCUAGGAGUAUUAGUUGGAAAAAAAACUUAUCCAACUCGCAAAUAUAUUUUUGUUUUCAUGAUAGUUUUUGGUAUAGUGCUCUUUAUGUUGAAAGACAAGACUUCUUCCCAAGCUGAGGAUACUUCUAUGGGUAUUGGUGAGUUGCUGUUAGUUCUGUCUUUAAUUAUGGAUGGAUUAACUGGAGCUAUUCAGGACAGGAUUCGGGCUGAAUCAAAGCCUACAGGCAUUCAUAUGAUGGAAGUGGCCAAUGCAUGGUGCACACUGUUUUUAGGAAUUCUUCUGAUAAUAUCUGGAGAAUAUUGGAAAUUUUAUGAAUUUGCUUUAAGAUAUCCACCUGUAAUAAUUAAUCUCUUGGCACUUGGGGUUACUUCAGCAAUUGGGCAAUUAUUUUUAUAUUCCAUGGUCUCUGAAUUUGGUCCACUGGUAGUAUCAGUUGUAACCACAACCAGAAAAUUUUUCACAGUUCUGGCAUCUGUAAUAUUAUUUGGCAACAUUAUUUCUGGUAGACAAUGGAUUGGCGCUCUCAUCGUUUUUAUAGCUCUAUUUCUAGAUGCAUAUUAUUCAAAGGCACAACCAAAGAAAAAAUAAAUUUUUAUUAUUUUUAAUAGGCACA